CUAGGUCGAGUCGAGGAGGAGGAGGAGGAGGAAGAGGAGGAGGAGGAGGGAUGAGGCGCGCGGCGGAGGGGAAAUGGCUGCCGAAAACAAGCCGGAAGGACUGAAGAAGAUAAGAAAUCCAGAGCGGAUGGUCAGGAUUGCUGUUGGCUACACUGGACACACCCCUCCCAAGAGUGACGACACUGACGCCAACAAUGAGCCCGGCCAGUUGAAGAUUUACCUUCCUAAGAAGCUGCUAGAGUGUCUACCCAAAUGUUCCUCUCUGCCCAAGGAGCGCCAUCGCUGGAACACCAACGAGGAAAUUGCUGCAUAUCUCAUCACUUUUGAGAAACACGAUGAGUGGCUGACGACGUCGCCGAAAACCAGACCUCAGAAUGGCUCUAUGAUCCUCUACAACCGUAAAAAGGUGAAGUACAGGAAGGAUGGGUACUGCUGGAAGAAAAGGAAAGACGGCAAGACCACCCGAGAGGAUCACAUGAAGCUGAAAGUCCAGGGAGUAGAGUGUCUGUAUGGCUGCUACGUCCACUCCUCCAUCAUCCCCACCUUCCAUCGUAGAUGCUAUUGGCUGCUGCAGAACCCAGACAUUGUGCUGGUGCACUACCUGAAUGUACCGGCGGUGGACGACAGCGGGAAGCCAUGCGGCCCUGUCCUCUGCUCCAUCAACACCGACAGGAAAGAGUGGGCAAAGUGGAGCAAGGAGGAGCUCAUUGGACAACUCAAGCCCAUGUGUGCUGGAAGCAGCCUGCAUCAGAAAUGUUCCAGUGUCAAGCAGCGCAUCAUCUCCUCCAAGCAGGAGUCAGGAGCAGCAGCAGGAGGGGGAACUGCAGUCAGUACCAAUGUAGCAGCAGGCCAGAGAGCUGAGGAAGCAGAUGGCACAGAGGUCCAGAACAGCGACGUGUCAGAGGGCCAGACAGAGCCCAAUCCUGGAGGGGGGAGGAGCAGAGCAGGUGGAGGAGAGAGGAGGAAUGGCAGGAUAACCAAACCCUCCUUACUCCCACAGAGCAGCAUGGAGGUGUCUUCUUCUACUUCCACCAACCAGGUAGAGGUCCCUGACACCACACAGAGCUCCCCGCUGUCAAUCACCAGUGACAUGGCUGACAGUCCUGCUCUUGCAAUUGGAGCGGGCUUAUCACAGAGCACAGCUGUGUUCAUGUCUGAGGUCACCACGCUCACUGGGGAUUCGGUUUAUUCCGCCGGCCACACCCACCUGCUGGCAGCUACCCACGACAGUGCCACCGCUGGGAUUCUGUUAGCUGUUGCCCCUGAAAACCAGAGAUUUGCAUCGUUUCCUGGUGGAGUAGGAUUGGGCGAGGGAGGAGAGUUGGUUCUGUCCAGCUCUUUAGACUCUGGUGGAGCAGUCAGCCUUCCUGAAACCACCAUGACCUUUGACCCCGAUUGCUUCCUCAACAAUCCCAAGCAGGGCCAGACAUACGGAGGAGGUGGAGGGAAGACUGAGGGCUGUAACGGUGAUGAUGGAGGCCUCCACUGUUCCUCUAAUGGCUUUGUCUACAGCCCAACCCUCGUCAACAACAUCAAGACGGAAGCUACACCCCUAGAACAACCCCUGUCCACUCAGAGUAGCUACGUAGGAGAAGGAGCUGGCCUCAGCCCCAGCACCACGCUGGAGCAAAUGGAUUUCAGUGCCGUCAUGUCAUCAGCCUGUGUCCCAACCCUGACCCAGCCUUCACACCACCCUUCCCCAAGCCUCUUCCUCCAGGCCUCCCCUCAAACAAGCCAGCCCUCCCAGCUGCAGACCAACGGUACUGAGGCAACCCAGGAAUCUGGCGAGGCCCAGGCUUACAUAGGCCUGCCCACGGUGCCAACAGACUCUUCAGUUGCCAAUGGAGACUCACAUACACACCUCCAUCAAUCCAGGACAGACCAGCAGGCCCUGUGUGCAAGGAAUGGGAAAGGAUCAGCAGUGGGUUCCUUUCCCCUGACACCGCAGGAUACCACUGUCGACCAGUCAGGCAGCAGAGGACACCAGGAGGUCGGAGGCCUAGACAAGCCUGCUGAAAAUGGGGGAGAGUUACUCCUCAAGACCGGAGAUCCUCGUGAAGCAUAUGCCAGUGUUGACACAGAGCACUACCUCCAACCCACAGAUGACAACAGAGGAGAGGAAGGCGGAGGAGGUGGUGGAGGAGGAGGAGGGGAAAAUGAGAUCCUUUGUAAUGGUGUGAGCUUGUCAGGGGCAAGCAGCUCAGUGGUGGCCAGUCCUCAGUCAAUGGCUACAGGCGCAACCAUUGAGGGGGCGCUCUACAGCUCUCCACUUCCUCAGCAAGGUGGGGGGGUGUCAGCUGCAACAGCUGGAGCAGGAACAGCCAUCAGUCUGGAAGGCUUUGAGGCUUCUUUUGGAAGCCAGUUUUCUGAUCUCAUCAAUGAUUUUAUCUCAGUUGAAGGGUCUGGGAAUGGGGUCGGGGCAGCUGUCAAUGGGGUUCUGAUGCCCCAGGAGGGGGCAGCAGGAGAGGAGCAGGGCACAGCAGCAGGCCACUUGCAAGGCUCUGAGGUGGAGCAGGGAGCUUUGGGAUUGCUCCAGGAGACUGGGAGGCUGUUUGGCGUGACAGACUACUCCCCAGAGUGGUCUUAUCCAGAGGGUGGAGUGAAGGUGCUCAUAACAGGUCCAUGGUUGGAGUCAAGCAGUGAGUACAGCUGUCUUUUCGACCAUAUCAGCGUCCCCGCUGCCCUCAUUCAGCCCGGGGUGCUGCGCUGCUAUUGUCCAGCCCAUGACACAGGACUAGUGAUGCUGCAGGUAGCUAUGGGCGGUGAGGUCAUCUCUUCCUCUGUGGUGUUUGAGUACAAGGCACGCGACCUUCCAGCCCUCCCAUCAUCUCAGCAUGACUGGCUGUCCCUGGAUGAUACCCAGUUCAGGAUGUCUAUCUUGGAGCGUUUGGAGCAGAUGGAACAGAGGAUGGCUGAGAUAACCAAUCAAAAUCCCAGCUCAGAAGCCAUGGCAACAAAGGGAGGAGGAGUGGAGGGAGGAGGAGCUACUGAUCAGCAGUCUCAAAUCUCUCCUGAUCAGGGGUCAUUCGAAGGUCGUGUGGUGGUGGUGUGUGAGAAGAUGAUGUCUCAGCCGUGCUGGGCUUCUUCUAAUCAGCUCGUCCACAGUAAGAACUCCAGAGGAAUGACUUUACUGCAUCUGGCUGCAGCUCAGGGUUAUGCGGGACUCAUUCAGACACUCAUUCGCUGGCGCACAAAGCAUGCUGACAGUAUUGACCUCGAGCUGGAAGUAGAUCCUCUGAACGUAGACCACUUCUCUUGCACUCCAUUGAUGUGGGCUUGUGCUCUGGGCCAUACUGAGGCGGCAUUGGUGCUUUACCAGUGGGAUCCAAGAGCUCUAGCUAUUCCUGAUUCACUGGGACGCUUGCCGCUAAACAUUGCCCGAUCCCGGGGCCACACUCGAUUGGCUGAGCUCCUAGAGCAACUGCAACAUAGUCCUCAAACUCAGGGCCAGCCUGUGGACACUUGGAUGGAUAGAUGGAGAGGAGAGUCACAGACGGGUGGGAUGAACAACAGCCCCAGCCCUAACCCAAACUCAGAGCUGAGGAGAACCAGGGCAGGAAGCAAGCCAGACAACCAGAGCCAGGGCUGGAGCCAAACAGAACACAGACCCCACAAGGGAACCCAGGGAGAACAGGGAGGUCCACCCCCAGCCAAGAGGCUCAAACCCAACCCAGAUUCACAGCAACAGCUAGCUAGCUCGAUCUCUGGUACCACCCCCCUCAACUCCUCUCCAGGUCCUAAUCCUCAACGGUCUCCUCUCUCUAAGCCGCUACAGACUCAACCCACGAACCUCAGCUGUCAGAAGGCACCACUUACCAGGUCCAGCCCCAGCCAGCCUCAGCUUCCUAGUGCCCCAUUCUCCCACCUGCAGGCCAGGAUAGGGGGAGCUGGAGGGGGCAGCAGGUGGAGUCUGAGACAGACUCUGGGGCAGCGUAGCCUCGCCAGGAAGAUUCUAGGAAAGGAGCGAUUGGCCGUUCACCUGCGUCAAAGAGUGCUGUCUGACAGGGGAGAGGAAACAGAGCUGUUGACCUAUCAGGAUAACGCAGAUGACUUGCAGAUGGACAUCACAAUGCUAGCUGAUCACAUUGUGGAGGCUUCAACUGGCAGACUCAAGCAGGAGGUUAUUGAAGCAGAAAUUGAAUCCAGGAAGGUUGGGAUCAGCAGUGAUGUCAGAUUACUGUCUGGUUACCUUGGUGAGGUGGAAAGGUUUCUAAACUCCAAACCUCAGACUCCCAGCCCCAAGCCAAAUUCUCUCUCAGGGCCAGAGGAUCAGCAAAGUCCUCAGGCUAAGCAAGCCCCAUCCUCCCCGUCUGAGUGGACCUCCUUUCUUUGUGCAGCUAUGAAGGAGGAGAGGUUGAAAACAGAUUCCUCCUGUCUAGCCAUGACUGAGGCAGAGCAGGGAGAGCUGUAUGAGACCAUCAGGCAUGCUCUGCACUCCCUCAGAAAACACAAGGGUCCCAUUCAGGAACAACACAAAGAGAUUGCAGCAGUGAUUCAGCGCUGCUAUAAGAGAUACAAGCAGUAUGCACUUUAUAAGAGGAUGACCCUGGCAGCCAUCUUGAUCCAGAGUCGUUUCCGGAGUUUCCAUGAACAGAGGAAAUUCCAGCAGAGUCGUAGAGCAGCGGUCCUCAUCCAGCAAUACUACCGCUCCUACAGACACUCUCUCAGCAGCCUCCUAACUAAAAAACAGAACCAGGCUGCUCGCAAGAUCCUGAGGUUCCUGCUCCGAUGCCGCCACAGGGCCAGAGAGCAGAGAAAGGCCAGGGGUCCUGAGAGCCCACCACCAGGCCCCGCACAGAGCCCCCUCAGCCUGUGAGCAAUCUAUGUCCCCCUCCAUCUUCUCCUUUUUCUGUCUCUUCUCUUCUGCCCUCUCUAAACUCCCUUCCCUUUCCUAACCCCUUUCCCUUGCUUUCUUCUUUCCUCGUCUCCCCUCUUUUCUCUCACCCCCUCUCCCCUCUUCUCUCAAGAUGAAAAAAAAAACUUUCCCAGACAGACUGAGGACAGGAUAGGUGUCCAUCAUGGCAGCUCAGACAGACAGACUGCUGGGCAGAGCCCAGGGACCUGGCUCUGCCCACAGCACUGAUCCUCCUCCCCAGUUUCACUGGGAGGCCAUCACAUUAACCUCAUGGCAUUCUUUGCACUCUUCAUGGGUAUGUUUCUUUGCAAGAGCAAGUCGACAAGUCAAACCAGAGAAAACGAGGAAGCGCCCAACAACGGAAUACCGCUGUUCACGGCGGCGGCCGGAUGCACCGAAAGGCUCCCGUAAUGAACAGCUCGCUCGAGAGAAAGGCUACUUUGACAUGCAGAAAACACACAAAGCUUGCUGCGUUUUGUGUCCGAACAAAAAUCCAUGAAAGAAUAAGAAAAACAUAAACCAAAAAACUCACUUCUGUGUUGCAUUUGCAUGCAAGUUUUUCGCUUAUUCCUCCUCUCCAUCAAUCCCGAAGAGCUACAGUCGCAAAUCAUUCUGCCGAUUUAGUAUACCACAGUAUCACCAACCACUCUGACUCGCAGGCGUGCAAACCUAUUACUUAGUCACCCAAUCAAAAAGGGGAGGAACUGCACUUGAAUGUAAGAGGGGCAUUGUUAGAUAAAGGGAUGGGGUCUGAAUAACGAUGUCUUAAUUUGUUACAUGGACUUUGUAUGGAGUCGUUCUCAGAGGCGGCAUUUUGCCCGCCUGAUGUGGUGUGUCCGUGUUUGUUCAAUUCAAUGCAUGUGUUUGAGCUACGAGCUCCUGCAUGCUUGCCAAAACUGCUUUAGUGUUGUUUCUUUUGUAUUUCUGUGUAAUUGUGUCUCACUUACGUCCUCAUCAACUUAUCCUUGCCCUGUGUAAUGUGAACUGUGUAAGGACAACUUACUUAUUUUGGGUGCUUUUGUUUUGUUUGUUUUUUUAAAGGGAAAAAAAAACUUUAUUUAUUUAAGGGUCUGAUUAUUUAUUUAAUUGGCUCAAGAGUGGUUGUAGCUCGAGGCUGGUUUUUUUCCCCCCAUGUGAUGAAAUGCGACAUGUUCCAAUGGUUAAAUGUCUCUGUUAGUUUGUUCUUUGCGUGAACCUCUAAAUCCUACCUGUGGUUUUGAGGAGAGAGUCACAUACCAUUGCCUUGACUUCUUCUUGAGUCUGAGAGGUCUCUAUGCUUGCUCUGUACAGGACAUGGGUCCUAUACCUGCCCCUAUACAGGGCACUGGUCCCCAUAUUAGCCCAUACGGGCAAUCAAAUCCAUAUUUUGGACUAUUGCAUAUUCCUGUAUAUAAACUGACGAGGUAAGGGGAUAUGAGGACCCUGAAACUUUUUCAUAAGAGGACUGUAUUUAAGGUUAUAAAUUAUUUUACUCCCAUAAUGAGAACUUAAGACAGAGACCUGGGUACACAGGAUGGCUGUAUUGCUUGUAAAUAAUGUAGAUAAUACAAACGGAUUAACGUGCAUGAGAUUUAAGACAAAGAAACAGCAAAAAGAACAUGUUAGUGGCUAUGGACUGUCAGAGGAUUUUAACUGCUUCACUUUAAGAGUAUCCAGUUAUAAGUGUUACUGAAAAGAACAUUUUGUUAAAAAGCAUGCAACUUGAAAACUCUAAUGUUAGAAUUAUAAGUGGGAAAAACAAAGUUAGCUGAAACAACGAUCUUUCAGACAAAACAUUUACACUUUGUGCUUUUCGUUUCUUGGCUAGCAAAAAUUAAACUCCUUUUGCCAGUAGUGCCAAUUAUUAUGAAUGCUAUUUUGCCUAACAGUAUGUUACGUUGGCAAAACCAACGCCCAAAAGAUAUCGGUAAGAUCUACCGAGGCAACACGCAGACAAUAAACCGCAGAAGAGAUGUAGUGCCAGCGCACCCGUAGACCUCCUACAAGUUCUGAAGUUUGCCCAAGGCAGGCUUAUGUAUAGGUGACGGUGCACGUGGGGAAAUGAUGCCAAUGGCGAUGAUGAUCGUUUUAAUGUGAGUGCAACGACUGACGAUGCAAAAGAAAAGAAAAAAAAAAAAAAAGGGAAGAGGGCGCUACAUUCUUCACAAUGUGGUUGUGCUUCAGCAGCAUACUAGCUUUUAUUAAGAUCAUUUAUCACACCUACAGCGGAUCCAACCUGGCCUCCAGUCUAAGCUUUCCAUCCUCAAACAGAAUGUCCUUCCCCGUUUUGGUUUUGACAUAUCAUUUUCUCCUCAUUGUCACUGCCAUAAUUAUACUACAUGUACUUUAGACUUAUGGAAAGCUCUGUUUAGAAAGUGCCUGCUCAAUAACAGAAAAGUGCAAAAUAAUAUCAGGAAGUAUCUUAUUGUGUGUCCUCUGAAAGGUUUCCAGUUAAUCUGUUUGUUUUUUCCUAAAUUGUGUGUUUUCAAAUGAAUCUGACAGUGUUAAACUUGACCUUAGUCUAAGCUGGAAGCUGUAAUUGGGAAUGUGGUGUGAAUGAAUGCUCAUGGCCUGAUUGACGCUGUGUGUCGCUUGCUCGGGCGAUUAAUUACACUAUUGCCGUUAAGUCCUACUUUUUGUGUGCGUUUUUCAGUAAUUAGAAGGGAGAAAACCGCUGAAUUCAGCCUCCGUGUACUAAAGUAUAAAAGGCACAGUCACGAGUCUGUUCGCCCUCCAAGAGGAAGCUGUGUUUUCUUUCACUUUGUCUGCUUUUCCCCUACAAAAAAAAUAUUUUACAACAUUUAAACAAAAUCAUAACUGGGCUUUUUUUUUCCUCAUAGAGGACAAAAAUAUCUUUCAUACACACUUCCUUUCUUUGUCUUUCUCCCUGUCUCACAAGGAUGUGCAUAGACACAUAAACGCAAAUGUACACACAGGUGCAAAAAUAAAACGGCCACACGCUUUCUCUCUGUGCUUAUGUCUUCGGGAACAAUGAAAUCUCUCCCUUAGAUUUUACUCAGGGUUGAAGAACAGGGAGAUGGUAUGUGGAGUGCAAUGACUACUGGCACAGAGUUGUAACACUGCAGGUGACAGGUUGUGUACAUUUGGGUGUGUAUGUGUACAUAUUUGAAUGUGUCGGGGAUACGUCGUCCACUUGUAUCCACACUCUUUAUAAUAGUCUAGAAGCAGCAAAUGUGAUCUGUUUGCCUUAUCUGAGAAGAGAGUGAAAAACACGCUUAAAUAUGAAUUCCAUUCAAAGCAAGUAAUAGGGUAGGAAAAAAAUACUUAUGCAUUUGCUGUAGUCUUAAACGCACAAGAUUCUUAAUAUAAGAAAUUCAUAAGUGAUACAAAAAAUAGGUAAUGGCCCCUGAACACCUGAAAAAUAAAACAAAGUGAAAAGAGAUAGCAGAUUGUGAGAUUAACAGCUGGAAGAUAUCGAUUGUGUUCCAUAUGUUUUCUGAGGUUUCAUCAUACUGAGAGACAGCCAUGGUUUGGACAGUGCUGUUAGGAACGUUCAUACGGUAUCACAUGAAUAACUUCUUAAACUGCCCUUCCUCUCACAUCAGCACAACUAAAGGACACUGCUUUUAUAUAACAGACACACAUGAACAUACGCACAUACACAACAACUUCUAAAUGCUCAAGCUUACAGACCACACGCACACGCGAAACUGAACACACAGAUUGCAGAAAAUCCAUCAAUAUGCUCACGUUUUUGGAGAGGAUGGUGACUGUAAAAAGAUUAUGUAGAGUAGAAGAAGUUAAAAAAAUAAAAUAAAGAAAUAAAUACAUAAAUAAAAAUAAGAAAUGUUGCCAUAGUAAACAGCUGGUUAACAUGUGCAGAGAUGGCCUCUGUUCUCUUAAGUCCGCCUAGAAAUGAAUGGUAUAUAACCUUUCAGGCCUUGUUUUGAGAGGGCGUGGCCAAACACCACAUUGCAUGCUAGAAUGGUAGUCCCUCAUAGAUAAUCUAUGGCUAGACCUCUCCUUGCCUUCCUCUUCUUUCACUCCCCCCUGGCCCUCCCUGCUCUUCUCCCGCUCUCAUCUCCUGCUGUAUUCCCACCUUGCCUGCUGUUGUGUUCUCCAUGCCUAUCUCAGUCUCUCAUUCCUUUUUAUUUUGUAGCCUAGUUUUGAACUUCUUUUGUUUUACGAACAUGCAUGCACAAGCAUCACUAAAUUGUUGAUGUUUUAAAAAGAAUAUUUUGUUGCUGAGGCCAUGCAAAGUGUUUUGAAUAUUGCCCUUAUAUGUGGAAAAUGUCUUCUGAAUGCUUUACAUAAUUUCUGCUGUAAAAUGAUAUCAGAAUAAAAAAGAAAAUUUGCACUUUAA